ACGUCAUCCAGUGCGACGAAAACGGAUGUCCGCGUACUUCUCGUGUCUCUUAUGAACAGUAAACAAGCAUUAAGCUGUAAACUUUGAGUCAGUGGGCUUUAUUAUAUCACCUAGAGACACAAGCAGUGGGUAAGAAGCAGCUGCCAUUUACUGCAACAUCAAGAUGGACGUGAAAGAGGAAACGUGUGACGUAAACAUCAUGGAGAUAAUGACUGUGACUAUUAAGGAGGAGGACGACUGCGAAUGGGAGUUUGUCCAUUCUAAAGAGGAGAGUCUGAGCGUGAGAGAUGAAGAUUAUGAACUGGUGACUGUGGGCAUUAAAGAGGAUGCCAAGGGGAUGUCUGUCAUCACUGAGACGGUGUCUGCUGUUAGAACUCUGGACGAUCAGCCAUCAUCUUCAAAGCAGUCUGGAGCAACAUUCGUAUCUGGAUCAGAGAUUCUGAAGCCGACCACUUUACACAGGCAUUCUUGGCCUUUUGCGGAACUAACCAGAAUAGAUAAAAGGAGCACUCAACAAAAGAUGAACAAUACAAAUUCACCUGCUUUGUCUGUUUUAGAAGAGAGGAAGAGAAAAUGUAAACUUGAUGAUAAGCAGGGCUGUCCUCCAAGAAAGAAGACACAUUGCUGUAAUGAAUGUGGCAAGUGUUUCAGCUGCAGUAGCCUGCUAGAGAAUCACAAAAGAGUUCACACUGGAGAGAAGCCAUAUUGCUGUACUGAAUGUGACAAACGAUUCUCACAAAUGAGCCAUCUUCGGACUCACAAAAGAAUUCAUACAGGAGAGAAGCCAUAUUGUUGUUCAGAAUGUGGCAAACGAUUCUUACAAAUGAGCUAUCUUCGUAGCCAUGCAAGAAUUCACACUGGAGAGAAACCCUAUUCCUGUAAUGAAUGUGGCAAACAGUACGUUUACAGUUGCAGUCUUAAAACGCACUUAAGAACUCACAGUGGAGAGAAGCCAUAUUCCUGUACUGAAUGUGGCAAGCAAUUCUCAAUAUUAGGCAAUCUUCAGGCCCACCAAACAAUGCACACUGGAGAGAGGCCAUUUUGUUGUUCAGAAUGCGGAAAAGAUUUCUCCAAGAAAGUUAAUCUUAAGAAACACAAAAGAAUUCACAGUGGAGAAAGGCCAUAUUGCUGUUCUGAAUGCGGUAAACGAUUCUACAGCAGUAGCGUCCUUAGGAGACACAUACGAAUUCACAGUGGAGAGAGGCCAUACUGUUGUCCAGAAUGUGGAAAAGGAUUCACCAGAAAUAGUCAUCUUCAGCUGCACACUAGAAUUCAUAAUAGAGAGAAACAACAACAAUAAUGGUAAAACUAGCAGGUGUCAAUUCUGCCAGAUAGACAUGGAAACAGUUGCUUAUCUGUUUACACUAACAUAAACACAACAACAUUUCCAGAUUUUGUCACUGGACAAUAUGCAAAAAAAUACAACUUUCCAGUACCACAGAGCAUUGGGACCACAGUCUAGACCGAAUAAGAGAAAAUGAAGAGGUGUUGGGACAUACUACUACCAGCUGACAAUAAAACAAAAGGCAGGAAACCAGUCAGUCAUCAAAGAAAAGUGCUCUGAUAAACCGUGGAUCAUUGCAGUUUCAGGCCAUAGUAAUUCCUCCUUCCUCAGAAUGGAAAGAGAAAAAAUAACCAAGUGUCGAGAAAUGCAAUCUGAGAAGUACCAGAUGUAAGAUUAAACAAAUAAUAUUCUGCCAGUGGUGUUGGGAUCAACAGGUAUUUAAAAAAAUAAUAUACAGUAAUCCCUCCUCCAUUGCAGGGGUUGCAUUCCAGAACCCCCCGCGAAAGGUGAAAAUCCGCGAAGUAGAAACCAUAUGUUCAUAUGGUUAUUUUUAUAUAUUUUAAGCCCUUAUAAACUCUCCCACACUAUUAUAAACAUUUCCCGCACAAUUAUACAGCAUAAACCCUUUGUAUUCUCUUAGAUAUUAGGUAAGAUUCGUUGAAAUUAUGUAUGUAAACACAGUUUAUAUACAGUAAAACCUAAACAUUAUUUUAAAGAUAUCGAGCAUCUCCGAUAUCACAUAUGUUACAGCCAUUACGACAGACAGGUCACCAACAAUAAAUACGUACAAUGCAAGAAAAAUUGUAUACAGUAAAAUGUGUGUACAGUGACACUAAACUAUGUACAUGUAGUAAGUACUGUACGUAGAUAAUUAAUUAUGGUUACUCACCAACAAUGACACGACGACUUGUCCGAUAACGAUGAGUUUAAUUUUACUGCACAACAAAGGAUAGCGGUACAGCUCUUCUAAAGGAGCCUCUUCAGGCGACUGUGUAGCAUCGCCGUUGUUCUUCUUCCAGCACUCUUCAAUCCAAAUCCCUAAAGCAGAUUCCAUCCAGACUACUGCCUUAUCACAUCCACUUGCAACUCGUUUUGCGGCCUGGUUAAAGGACACUGCGGCUGUAGAUCUUAUAUGCUUUUCCUCCUUUUAAAAUAAAAAGAAUUGUGGACUCAUUGAUGCCGUAAUGGUGUCCUGCAGCGGUGUAGCUGUUCCCUUCCUUCAACAUAUCCAAAACUUUUACCUUUUCUGCAAUCAUUUGCAUCUUCUGUUGGCGCUUGGACAUGGCCCCUGAAGCAGUAGCAGGAGCACGUUAAUGCUGAAUGAGUGAGAUGAGACAUCCUGUUUAAUGCAGCACUCCAUCGCUGAGCCAAUCAACACACAGGAACUUUAACUGUGUGCUCUGAUUAGGUAGCUUCUCAGUCAUCCGCCAAUAGCGUCCCUUGUAUGAAAUCAGCUGGGCUGACCAACUAAGGAAGCAUGUACCAGAAGUAAAAAGACCCAUUGUCCGCAGAAACCCACGAAGCAGCGAAAAAUCCGUGUUAUAUAUUUAGAUAUGCUUACAUAUAAAAUCCACGAUAGAGUGAAGCCGCGAAAGUCGAAGCGCGAUAUAGCGAGGGAUUACUGUAUACAGAGAGACUCGCUCGAAAGAGGCCCUGAAUAUUCUGUUGUAACUCCAAUUAGGAUGAAGCAAUCUGAACCAAAAAAAUAUGCUCUAUACCUUGACGUAUGUGUAAUCAAUUGCAUUACAUGUGAUGCUGGAAGUGUUUUACGUUUUCUACCAGACACAUUUCAACUCGGUGCUCCAUGUUCCUGAAUGUAUCGGCAAGCGUCUCGGUGGGGGGGUGGGGUUCGAUAGCAGCAGUUUCACAUUGGAUGUUUUCCUUCAAAUCUUCCACAGUGCAAGGCUUAUUCUAAUAGACUUAUGAGCAUACCCCAAAGGAAGAAGUCUGGUGGUGUCAGAUCCGACGACUGUGGUGGCCAAAGCCCCUUUGAAAUUACCCCGUUGCCAAAGAAGGACUCAGUUUCUGCCAUGCUUCUUGCCAAUGUGUGACAUGUUGGUCCAUGUUGGUUAUCCUUCCGUUAACUCACCAUCAUCCAGCUGAUUCUGACAUUGGUUAAGCAAAUUGGUGAACAAAUAGGUUCGCUCCAUGAAGACACACUGCUCAAUACUGUACACCACCAUCCUGAUGAGAGGUCGAGUGACUGAGUGAAGGGGUACGGGCGGUAUGCACCCAGAAGUUGCAAACGAAGGUUAAACGUCGCAACGACUGUUCGGCGCCUACCUCAUCACUCUGAUGCAGGGGCAUCCCAGAUUGUUUGAUGCUCUAUAUGCUGAAGAGCACAUUGCACAUCGUUUCGUUCAGAUUGCUUCGUCCUAGCGAGAGUAAUUACAGAAUAUUCAGGGCCUCUUUCGAGUGAAUCUCCCUGUGUAAAAAUCAGCCUCAUCAGGAUUCACUCCCAAUGACCACCUCUGCAUACACAUUACUGGAGGAGGCACAAUGCAAGUACUACACCGAGCCCUGGCUGUAAAUCUAAAAGUAUGACAACAGUAGCAGUGCAAAGACCUCUUCAUAACUCAAGAUUGAGGUUCACUCCUGUCCUGAAAGUAACCAAGCCAACCCAUUGUUGAGAAAUGAACCCAGAGAGUCGUCAUGAUAACAGGACUAACAGAAAGUAACUCCUAUGUGCAUCUCGACCAAUUACUAUAAAACCAUAUAAACUGUUAAAAGAAGGAAAAUUGGGAGCAAUGUUGGUGCUACACCGAGCCUUCAUAUCAAAAGGAGGGGAAUAAGAGCUACAGCGGUACAGAGAAACACUGUUUCUCAAAGGUGAGGCUCACUCCCGUCCUGCUAGUAAACACACCAAGAAGUUUUGGAGAAUUGGUGCCUGUGGUGAGCAAUGUGGCGAAAGAUUUCCUUGUGGUGGCGAUCUUCAGAAACAAAACCAAAAUAUGCAAUCUAAGGUGUGCCAGAUAUGGAACAAAACAACUUGAAAUGUUCCAUCUGUUUUUUCAUCCACAUCAUUUUUCAAAAUGAACUUACUCGUCCAUUUUAAAGUCCUUUUAAAUUUCACAAACCAGCUACAAGAAGAGACAUUACUAGGACCACUACAGGUGUUAUGCCAAGCAAUCCCAUCAAAUUUUGGAUAAUAAUAAAAAGCUCAGUACAGUGUCAUCAGUAAUGAGCGAUGCUUAUUUCUGCCAUGAAUGUCAAAGGAGAAAUUCAACUGACAGGGCAGCCAUGUCAGUUCAAUAGUAGCAAAUACUGCUGUACUUCCUGACGAGACUUUGAUUUAACAUGAGUGCUCCAAACCCACCUCAUAGGACAUCUGAAUCACCUGUUACAGCAGAUUCUGUCAAUGGAUAUUAUUAUCCACUAAGGAAAGAAAUUGGAUUUGAUGAAAAUGUGUGGUCAGAACUGUAGAGAAAAAAGGAAAUCAAUAAAUAUGUUAAAUAAGUGUUUGGGAGGAAAAAUUAGUCACAAAAUGGAGGCCAUAUUCGGGAUACAAAACAAUGAAAUGACUAAAUGUGCUUGAAUUAGUGUACAAAGACAGAGUUUCUUAGAACGGACAUCUCAGGAUCAGAAGGUGGUGGUCUUGGGCUUUCGUAGAAACAGACUGUAAGCUCAGGUCAACUCUCUGUGAACUGCAGACUUUCCAUUUGAAUUCUUGAGAUGCCACACCAAGUACUCCAGUGUGAAGAAAUAAGUCCAAAUAAACCUCCAUCCUAAAGUUUGGACAAAAUCUCUGCAGUGAUGAGCUAAAUGGCAACUUGAAUUCAUUAAAUUUAAAUGUAGGAAAAGAACUAGAUACCAAAGUUUGAAAGCAAAUGGCUGAACUCCUGCUCAAGCUUGCUAACAUACAGAAAGCUGAGAAGAGGAGACCCGAGAAUAACGGAUGAACAUUUGAUCAGUGGCCUGCACACAAAUGGUGAAAUAGGUGCAGUGGUAUGCAGUGGGCCCCCUUUGCUUAAAAUGUCGGUUACUGUAAAUAGUCAAGUGAGCAGAAGAUGAACAAAAGGCAUCAAGUUAAAGAUGACACAUUGCUUUAAUAUUUUAUGCAAGAUAACAUUUUUAAUUUCAUCAUUGACAGGUACAAAAUACCAAAAAAAAUGAAAAGGACCUGAAGCCAAAGUUUGGGCACCCAACAUGGUCAGUACUUAGUAAGACCCCCUUUGGCAAGAAUCACAACUUUCUGUAACCAGCUAAGAACCUUUCAGUUCGUACUUGGGUUAUUUUCGCCCUUCGUCCUUGCAAAAGGAUUCUAAUUCUGCCAGAUCCUUGGGCCAUCUUGCAUGCACUGCUCUUUUGAGAUCUCUCCACAGAUUUCCAAUCGCGUGUACAUCAGGGUAGUGUGAGGGCCACGGAAAAACAAUCAGCUUACACCUCUUGAGGUGUUUCAGAUCAUUAUCUUGUGGUAGGACUCAUCCUUUCUUUAACUUCAACUUUUUACAGAUGUUGUGAUGUUUGCUUCCAAAAUUUUCUGGUAUUUAUUUGAAUCCAUUCUUCCCUCUACCAAUGACAUGUUUCCUGUGCCACUGGCAGCAACUCAAGCCUAAAUCCUGAUCGAUCCACCGCCAUGCUUAAUAGUUGAAGACAUUUUCUUUUCCUGGAAUUCAGCCCUCUUUUUUCUUGAAACAUACCUUUGCUCGCUGUGGCCAUUUUGACAUCAGUCCACAACACGUUUCUAGAAUGCAUCAAGCUUGUUUAGAUGUUCUUUUUGCAAACUUCAGGCGCUGAAUUUUAUGGCAAGUAUGGAGGAAAGGUUUUCUUCUGUUGACUCUACCGUGAAGGUCAUAUUUAUUCAGGUGUCUCUGCACAGUAGGACAGUGCACCAGCACUCCAGAGUCUGCUAAAUCUUCUUGAAGGUCUUUAGCAGUCAAAUGGGGGGAUUUUAUUUGCCUUUUCUAGUAAUCCAAAGAGCAGUUCUUUCAGAACGUUUUCUUGGUCUUCAGAUCUCAACUUCACCUCCACCGUUCCUGUUAACUUCCAUUUCUUAAUAACAUGAACCGAGGAAAUCUCCUUGUCACCUUCUCCUGCUUUGUGAGAAUCAAUUCUUUUAUUUCUCAGAGUGCUAGGCAGCUGCUUAGAUGAGCCCAUGACUGCUGAUGGUUUGAGGAGUAUGAGAAUUUAUACAGCUUUGACGUUUGCAUCACUUGGGUUUCCUAAUGAUGACACUGAACAAGCCAUAGUCCUAACGAGCUAAUGAAGGUCUGAGACCACCUUGGGAAAAGUUACCCGAGUCCUCAAAUAUCUUGUGAUGCUCAAACUUUUUCAUGGUGCUCCUUUCCUUUUUUCACUGUGCAAUCGUACAAAAUAAAAUCAAUACACUAAUCUUGCUUAAAAUGCUGAAAAGUGUCAUCUUUAACUUUAUGCCUUUUGGUGAUCAGUUCAUCUUCUGCUCACUUGACUCUUCAUGGUAACAGAUAUUUUAAGCAAGGGGGCCCAUACUUUUGCAUGACACUGUUUGUACUGAUUUUACGGGUUAGACGUAUGAACUGUAACACAUUAAGAUUCAAGAUGGCUGAGGGUUUAUAUACAGAAUGAUGUCACAAAGACUCACAAACUCUCUUCUGCAUCGGAGAAUGUGUUUGUGCCGAACAGACAUUGGAACCACAAGGCGUAAAGAAUAAUGGAGAUUGAAGAGGCGCUGAUGACUUGGGCCAUAGCGACUGGAAAGGAACACAACAUAUGAGAGGUGAUACCUGAAGUACUCUUUAGUUAGUUAGUGGUGUUUGUUAUUCCUUUAGUUAGAUUUUGAUUUGUUUUUGAUGAGAGUUUUGAAGUACCAAUAAAGAAGACCUUUGUCUCCUUA